AUGCCCUUGGAGUCUGACGAAGCGUUACUGGCUAUCUACAGGAGCCAACUCUCCGCCCGUUUUCCAUUCGUCAUUCUUCCAUCUAGCUCAACGCCGAGACAAAUGCUGGUGGAGCGGCCCUUCCUUUUCAAGGUGGUGAGGAUGGUGGCCAGUGUACGCAGUCUAUCCUCAAUGAGAGGGCAGAGCCGGUCUGUCCUCCGACACGUCUCUGAAGCCAUGCUCCUCAGGUCAGAGCGCUCUCUCGAUCUUUUGCAAGGGAUAUUGGUCUUUCUGGGAUUCUACCACUACCACUGUAUGACCCAUGCGCAAUUCGGCAAUCUCGUUCACUUGGCCGCGAGUCUCGUAGAGGACAUGAAUCUCAACGUAUCUUAUUCGCCUCAAAACAGCGCAGGCAUCCUUCCUCUAAUGCGGGGUCAAGGAUCGAGGUCGAGGACAAAUGAGGAGAACCGGACACUGCUUGGCGUGUGGUAUAUGAGUUCAAAUGCUGCUCUGGUUACCAAGCACUUAGGGCCAGCAAGGUACACGAAAGAUCUGGAUCACUGCCUCAGAGAACUUGAAAGUAUCGCGGAAUAUGAGUCAGACCAACUGGCAGUCCAGCUGGUCCGCUUUCAAAACACCACCAACAAGAUAUUCCAUUUCCAUUCCAGAGAUCAGCAAAUGGAUGAACUACCAGGCACCCAAAGAGUAUCGAGUACGGAAUGCUUAGAAGCACUCCAGGCGGAGUUGGACAAUCUAUGGAACGCGUCGUCCCCCAAGCUCAGAUCCAACUGUCUUGUUUCAUUUCACUACAGAAGUGCAUAUCUUCAGCUGCUUGAGCCUCUGCUGACCGGAGCACAUCUCCCCGGUGCCGUAUCCCAAACAUUCGACUCCCUGUCACUCUCUGGUUUAUUCAAAGUCAACCUCUUUUCGCAUUUCACGGCUGCGCUGAAGGCCUGGUUCGACAGCUGGCUCGCCCUGCCUGUGUGCUCCUACUUCCACAUGCCCCAGCCUGUCUCCUUCCAGCUAUUCCAUGCCUGCCGGGCUCUCAUACGAUGGGUCAGGGCGGCUGGACCAAACGCCAUCAAGCGCCCAGACUCUGGCGUCAAUGCAUCGCGUGGAUCUGCAGCUCCCAAGCAGGCACUCCCAGCAAUGAGCGGGAUUUCAGAGUGCCCAGAGCUAAGUUCCAUAGAGCCUCCGGUUUCACACUCGUCUGCCACCAUGCCCACGCAGCCUCUUGACUCACUGAAGGCUAAAGUCCUUGAGCAAGCUGAUCUCCGAAUUGAUGUGUUUGGGAUCUUGGACUCCAUGGCUGCCCGUUUUGAGUCUGCGAGCAAAGAAAUGGAAGCUGCCCAAGGAGGUACGUGGAGCAACAACACUUGGGACGUGGCUGCAGACCAUAUUAGGAUCAAAAAGGCGAAGAUCGAAAAGUGGUGCGAGAUCACUGUGGCAGUGGGCAAUGAGGGCCGCGGUGGGCAGUCUCACCAAGUAAACGGGGUUGUUGAGACACCGAGAGAAUUCAGAGAUCGAGACAUGGCAGCGGAGUGGAGGAUGGACGGCUUUGAAUGGCACGUACCUGGAGAUGGUCAGGAGAAUGGACAAUGGGAAGCCGAGCUUUUCGAUGGAAUCAUGAUGGAUGCCGAUAUCAGUGCUUUCUUGGAUGUUCCUGGGAUUUGGGGCUCAGAUACGUUGGACGAAGCGACGGGGAGACUGGCCACAGCGAAUUCCUAUUGCUAG